AUGGAAAUAGAACGGGUGCGUGGAGAGAACCUACGAAUUUGGGGUCAAAGUGGACCACUCUACGAGUCUACCAAGCAGCUUAUAGCAAGCCAAAGUACGAAUGCGGCCAGGAUUUGGAACAACACUCAACAGGCGAUCUACAAGAGAACCGAGCGACUUCAGGAGGCCAAGGACACAGUGGAUGAGCAUCAGCGAAAGGUGAGUGCUCGCCUGGAGAUAUUCUUCGGGAGUCAGUACAGCGCCGAGUGGCGUGCGUGCUCCAAGAAGUACGAACUCCAGGUGGCCCACUUCAAUCGGGAGCUGGUGGAUAAGUACAGCAUCUGCCGCAAUUCCCUGGAUCACAUCAUGGGCCAUUUCCAGCAGGAAAUCGUCCAGGAAGUCGAGUUCCUACGCAGGGCUUCCCUGGAGAUCGCCGAGUUGUCGAAGACCUGCCGCACUUGGCAACUCAAGCAGUCCGGUUUCAAUCACGCCGGAGUCUUGUUCUGCACGGUUGCCGGAAUCGGAAGGAUCAAUCAGCGAAUGACCGGCUGCCUGGAGCUUUGCGAUGACAUCCUGCUGGAGAUGUCCAUGGAGGAUCUGGACACACCAAGUUGCCUUUUCUACCAUCAACUGAAGAUGGAGUUUGACGAGGUCUUUGCCCAGAUUGAGUUGUGUGCGGUGAACUGAGAGGAGGAAAUAAAGUUAAAUGCAAAAUAUUAGGCGCUUACCUUUUUUCUGUAGCCCCCUCCCUUUGAUAGACCAUUCAUGAAAUGCUCCCAGGGAAUUUAAAUUUGUUUACUGAUACCUUGCCCCGUGGAGUGUUAAAUAUAGCGUAAUAUACGCGAUAAGCCGCGAUUAUCGCAUCCUAAUCAACCUGUGGCCACUUGAGGAAAUCCAAGUGUGGUAUCAGCGAUAGUGUUUUAUUAGCCAUAC